CUGAUUACGGUAGCAAAUCUUCUUUCAGUUGUGAUAUCGUCAGUAUAUAACGUUGCUCUAGUGUCCUCAAACCCUUUUUCUAUCGAUCCAGAAACUGGCUACUUGAGCGCUCAUGUGUCCAAAUUGUAUGUCAUGGAGAAAGAGCGAAGUUUGGCAUUAUCCGCCAGAUUGGAGGCUCUAGAGAAAGAGCUAGAAUUUUUGAAAACAACGCUGCGUAAAAGUGCAACCAUAGCGAAAGGACCCAGCAAGACGUUUCCAGAUGUGCGAUUCCGAAACGAGGGACACCGCAAACGGAUCUUGGUCACCGGGGGUGCAGGGUUCGUUGGAUCACAUCUGGUUGAUAAGCUCAUGAUGGAUGGGCAUGAGGUGAUUGCUCUUGAUAACUAUUUUACCGGACGGAAGCGGAACGUUGAGCGAUGGAUAGGUCAUCCUAACUUCGAGUUGGUGCAUCAUGAUGUGGUCAAUCCAUAUUUCAUCGAAGUCGAUCAGAUCUAUCACCUGGCUUCACCGGCUUCACCUCCUCAUUAUAUGUAUAAUCCAGUAAAGACCAUAAAAACGAACACGCUCGGCACGAUCAACAUGCUAGGCUUAGCAAAGUUUGUGAACAUUUACAUCCUUGUUUGUAUCUUGUUUUGUGUGCAUAACUGUAUUUGUUUUUGGGCGAGUCAAAGCCACGAUAUUACUGGCGUCUACAUCUAUGGGGAUCCAGAAGUACAUCCACAACCUGAAAGUUACUGGGGACAUGUGAAUACGAUAGGACCACGUAGUUGCUACGACGAAGGAAAACGCGUGGCAGAGUCGUUAAUGGUUGCCUACAAUAAGCAGGAGCGUGUUCCCAUUCGCAUUGCUCGCAUUUUCAAUACGUUUGGGCCACGCAUGCAUAUGAAUGAUGGGAGGGUCGUAUCUAACUUUAUUAUUCAAGCGUUGCAGGGAAAUCCCAUAACUAUUUACGGGGAUGGUUCACAGACGAGGUCUUUCCAAUAUGUUGAUGAUUUGGUGGAUGGGUUGAUACUGCUGAUGAACAGUAACUGUUCAUUACCAGUCAAUCUUGGAAAUCCUGAAGAGUAUUCGAUCUCCAACUUCGCGCGUAUUAUAAAAGAUCUAGUUGGAAGUGAAAGCAUGAUUGUUAACAAAGACUCCCAAGAGGAUGAUCCACAGCAAAGGAAGCCGGACAUCUCAAGAGCUGCUAAGGAGUUGAAUUGGCAGCCACAGGUCUCGAUGCGAGACGGGUUGAUAAAGACGAUAGAAUAUUUUCGUGAGGAAAUCAAUGAACAUCACCGUCUCUCCUCUGAUGAUGACGCAAAGUAG